AUGGCGGCGCCCAGUGGCGGUGUGAACUGUGAGGAGUUCGCCAAGUUCCAGGAAUUACUCAAGGUGAUGAGGACAAUUGAUGACAGAAUAGUACAUGAAUUAAACACUACGGUUCCAACAGCUUCCUUUGCAGGGAAAAUUGAUGCCAGCCAAACCUGUAAACAACUUUAUGAGUCUUUGAUGGCAGCUCAUGCCAGUAGAGACAGAGUCAUAAAAAAUUGUAUAGCCCAGACUUCAGCAGUAGUAAAAAACCUCCGAGAAGAGAGAGAAAAGAAUUUGGACGAUUUAACGUUAUUAAAGCAACUUAGAAAAGAGCAGACAAAGGUGUUUAAUGAACGCUGCCGAAUUCACUUCAAGCCUCCAAAGAAUGAAUAAAGAGAGAUUCUUUUUUUUUUUUUUUUUUUUUU